AUGCGCGCGAUUGCGCGCCGGCCGCCACCCGUCAAGCCGCACCCGCCCGCCGACUCGGAGUCUGGCGACAUCUCGCGGCUCGGCUGGUCCAAGGAGGAAGACAACCUGAUCCUCUCGUCGGUGGCGGAGCUCGGGCCAAAGUGGAUGGAGAUCGCCGCGCGCCUGCCCAACCGCACCGACCACGCCGCCCGCAACCGCUAC